AUGGGCAUAGCAUCUUUUGGACGACCAGAGCCUAUGGAAGUGGAAUCAAUCACGCAUAACCAAAAUAUCGUCACGGUAAAUAAUCGCUUGUCGCAAACUAACAACAAUAAAGUUCCGUCGAAUUUGUUGCCGGAUCCGCCACUAAUUCAAAAUCCUACCUUGCUCAAUCCAACCGGUCAACAAAUCAACCGAUCAAUAUUGUGAAUACGAAUCAACCACCUACCUAUUCAGAUACCAAUCAGUAUGAUAUACAUUCGGACACCUCCGUCUCUAUUGAGCACAUCAAAGUCCUUUGUGGUUCUAGAUUUAGAAUCAGUUCUCAGAGAAAAUCUAGAAAGUAAUCCUACAUUACGGCAUUCACCACUGCACGUUGACAAAGUAUUGGAGGACUCCGAGUAUCUCGGAUUUUAUCCGAGACUUAGUUUACCUCCUAAAUUGUUGUUCAUUUCAUUAAAUAUAUAUAGUAAGUUCAAUGCCAUUAGCGUACAGCCAAUAAAUAAGGUCUUAUAUCGUAAUUCAGCACUACAUUCAUUUUCUAUAAACGUAUGUAUUAUUUAUAAAGUGUUACAAAUUAUAUUAUAGCGAAGUUUUGUGAAGCUUGGAUUGAAUGAAACAAUGAAGAGAUAA